GUAGUGGCGGCUGGGUUGCCGCCACCGAAGGCCAACAAGAAGAGCCCCUGCAGCCGCUCGGCGGUGGCGGGGGAUUCUCCAGCAGCAAGCGAGAUGGUGGGCAAGGACCACGGCAGCUGCUGGAAGGCGGCUGGGCCAGCAGAUCGGGAGCGAACCCUGUUGGACCAGCCGGAGUGGGCCAGGUCAUAUGACCGGACUACGGGGAAGCGUGGGGGUCAAACCCCCCACGUGAGAUACCCGUGAUUCGGGGAAAUGGAGAAUACCUUGACGGCUACAGCAGUAGCCACCGGAAACGAGUGACGGUCAACGCCCCGCUUCUAGACGAAAAAGGACGUAGCCACGGAUUUGAUUCGUGGCGAAAAUCGUUCAUCCAAGCUGCGAAGACCAUCGACUUGGCGGGUAGUUUAUAGGAGAUGCAGAGAGCAUAUCCCCGUGGGCGAUCCAAACUUGCCGACUUCCGAGCUGCUCCGUAGGGGGCACACGAGAGCAGAAGUCCAAUGAGGGCUUCAGGCGUUCCAUUUUAUCACUUCUGCUGUGGUAAAAGAAGCUGACAAAGCAAUCAUCAGUAACUGUACGUCAGCAAAACCGGUCCUCACGGAACUGGAAACGGUCUACGAUCCAGAGUCACAGGGGUCCAAACAGGCCUUGAUGCGGAAGAUGUUCGACUUUGCAAUCCUCACACACAGCAACAGAAACCCCAUCGAGCACCUCUACUCACUUGAGCUGAAUGCCAGCCUGUGCGAAAAGGGGCUCAAUGCUGAACAACCCUUCGUUCUCGCCCACUUCGUUGGUUCCCUCCCACCCGAGUACCAACAAGCGAAGUUCCUGUUGGAGACAGCAACGGCGCUGGAUAGGGCCGAGAUCGUCAGAAUCGUGAGCACGAUGCACGCGAGCCUUCCGGAGGGGAGGAAGGCCUCGAAGGGCCAGCGGAGGGCGGAGCACGCUCUCCUCGCGAGCGACCGUAGCGGUGGGGGAGGAGCGCCGGGCCGCGGCAACGGUGGCCACCGCAAGGGUGGCGGCGGCGGCGGUGGCAACCAGAAGGGGAGAGGGGAUGGCGUGAAGGCUGGAGGCGGUGGCGGAGGCGGCGACGACGAUGCGGGUAGCAUGCGCGGUCGCUGUUUCCGGUGCGGCAAGAAGGGUCACCAGGUGGCCGACUGCACCGAGAGCACGCCCGUGCGAUGUGAAACAUGCAAGGGCUACGGGCACGACAAGAGAAAGUGCCCGACCGAGGGGGCGGUGUUCGUGGUGGAAGUGCCGGCGGGGGGGGCGUCUGCGAACGCCACAGCACUGGACGUGGCAGAAGAGGCGCUGGUGGGUGAAGCCUCGACCUGGGUCAUCGAGUACACCGACGUUACGCUCUACGCUCUCUUGCCUGAAGCCGAUGAGUUUUUCGGAGCAUCGGACGCGAUGGGCGCUUUAGAAUGCGGGCUAAUCCCCACCUUCGACAGGAUGGACAGCCGUCUGCUGGGGGCAACCAUGUGGUCUUGGGAAGAAGGCGAGCCCCACGCCUACUUUUCCAGCCCCCGCGCUGCCGUGGCCCACCAGGAGACAGGAAGGUACCCGGAAUCCGUGCAAAUGGGGUUAAAUCGCUCCACUCUUUCGCUUUUUCCAGGUUCAGGGGAGAGGGGCGAGUGGGUAGUGUCGAGCGGGGCUGCUGGGUACUUUAGCGCGGCCGAGAUGGUUUGUCUCUCACAGGGGCUGGUGUUCGGCUGUCCCCGCACAGCUAAAGAGAAUGCCGCCCUCAGGGUCUCCACGAUGGACGUGGGCGUGGUAGACGCUUGGGUCAACCUUCGGUCACCCGGAGGGACGCUUUCAUCCAGCUGGGCGCGUGAAUCGGGAGCUGCUUACACCCCCCCGACCACGUACACCCACGUGAAUCUCGAGGCCGAUGCGACAUGCGACGGUGGUGGCUACUAUGGAGUGGCUGACUUUACGUGGAACGCGGACGAGGCAUGGACGUACGGAGACAGAGCGUUCUAUGACAAAGCCGAGCGUAUCAAGAACGAAGUGCAAGCCUUACGAGCCGAGGAAAAAAAACGGUACACACAUCUAACAAGGAAAAAGAAGCUCAUGUAG